AUGGUGGGGAUCAGGAUCUUUAUUGGGGGCCUGUGCGUGGGCGCCGUGAGCGUUUACUUGGAGGGGGACUCCAGCUUGGACGAGGACCUUUCCAAACUAAAGAACAUUAAGGCCGCGCUGCGCACUGACUACUGCCUUGUCGCUGGAGACGUGAAUGCCAAAAGUCCCUGGUGGGGCAGCGAGGAGGAGGAUAGCAGAGGGGCGUCGCUGGCGGAGUUUGCGGCGCAGGAGUCACUCCGGGUGAUAAAUGAGGGAACCACGCCUACGUUCUCGGCGUUUCGACAGGGUCGCCACUACAACAGCAUAAUAGACGUUACCAUGGCGUCGGACCGAUUAGCACCAAGGAUCACUAACUGGAAGGUGGAUGCUGACUUGUCGGACCUCUCAGACCACCGCCCCAUUUCUUUCUGCGUAUCGGCAGAUAAAGAACUCACUGUGCUCCAAAAUAUAUCAACCAAGCUAUUCAACACUAAAAAGGCGGACUGGGAACUUUUUGAUGACGAGCUGACUGCGAGCAUGGACGAGCGUGGACUGACCCCUGAGAGAGCGAGGACGGUCUCGACGUCGAAAGAUUUGGAGGAAUUGGUGGAAUCACUCACCAGCUGUAUUAGGGAGGCCUGCAGGGUGGCGAUUCCUGCAAUGUCGAGCGGGAGACGACGGCCCCAAGCGAGUUGGUGGGCUCCUGGGAUCGAAGAUAAGAAGAAAACAGUGAACAGGCUGAGGAGCAGAAUAAGAAACGCAAGCUCCGAACGACGGCAGUACGCAGUCGAUCGAUACCUGGAGGCGAAAAGGGCCUACAACGAAGCUAUCUAA